GAUGAGAAUCCGCGACCUUCCAAACGCGCCCGGAAGUCGUGUGAAAGAUGCAGGACGAGGAAACAGAAAUGUCAUGGCUUUCCUGUUUGUGCGAAUUGUGCCAAUGCGAAAGAGCAAUGUAUUCAACCUCCCGGACCGAAUCAAGCUUUGCUGGAACGAAUCUCCUUCCUCGAAUCACAACUUGCUGCUUAUGCCAAUGCUCUUCUACCUGAGAAGCUCGAUCCUGUGCCAUUCGAGAAGAAUGUGGUGUCGCCAACGAACUCGGAGGAGGAGCGGAGGAGCAAUAUCGCUGAUAUCGUGGGGUUCUUAAGUCUUGGAGGAGAGGCGGCAUAUGUUGGGUCUUCGUCUGGAUUCUCAUUGGCAACAAAUCUUGGACAAAUGGUUCAAGCCACAGUCUGGAACAAAGCUAUUGCAGCAACUGUGAACCAGACACAGCAAAAACCAAUCAGUAUUGCGGAUCUAAAGAGGAACUCUGCUUCUCCGCCGAAUAACGAUAUGGGAGGACGAAUACUGGAUGCAUAUUUUACCAGACUCCAUCUUCGAUAUCCGUUCUUGGAUAGGUCUGAUAUUCUGGAAAGACAUGCCAAUCGAUUUGUGCAGAACAACUCGAGUCCAAAGGAUCAAUAUGGGACGUUCAAAAUUUACAUGAUCUAUGCGAUUGGGGCAACUAUGUUGAAAUUGACAGAGCAGUAUGAUUAUACUCCUCCGGAAAACUUCUUCAUGACUGCUCUUCAAUAUAUAUCAGCUGCUCGGGAAUCCCAUUCCGUCCACAAUGUCGAAGCCAUGACUCUUCUGGUCUUGUACAAUCUUCGGUCGCCGUCGAAUUCUGGGAUCUGGUACAUGAUCGGAUUGGCCAUGAGGACAUGUGUCGAUUUGGGACUUCAUCGAGAAGCACAUUACGGCAAUGUCUCUCCUUACGAAGGCCAACUGAGGAGACGUUUAUUCUGGACCGUUUAUUUCUUGGAGCGGGUGAUCGCUGUUUCCGUUGGAAGACCGUACAGCAUUGCUGAUAGAGACAUCGAUGCUUCGUUACCCCUCGAAAUCGAUGAUACUGUUCGGGAUGAUAGCUUGAUUGCUCGGACAUUGGCUGUUUCUCCUUCGCCAACUUUCCAAGCCUCCCGACCUUCCUCAAACAUUACUCUGGGAAUACAAUGUAUUCGCUUGAAGCGGCUUGAAUCUCAUAUCCAAUGCACAAUCUAUCGAGUUGAUAAACCAAUUGCAAGUCUAGUCGCAAAGAUCAGCCCGACAUUGAAGCUGCUGGAAGACUGGCAUCGAGCUUUGCCGCCAUCCACGCCAUAUGAAUCAGACUAUCUGAACAUGCAUUAUUACAAGGCUGUUCGACUUUUGCUUCAACCGUUCCUUAUGAUAUUGCCACCAACUGACCAGCGAGUUGCUCUUUGUCUUCACGCAUCAGGUCAAAUUUGUCAGAUCUUCAAGCGCUUGCACCAGCGAGAUUCUUACGGGCACUCCUUCAUCGCUCUUCAUUCCACUUUCAUCGCAGGAGUGACCAUGUGCUAUUGUCUCUUCCUCUCACCAACUCUUUGGACUUUCACAGUGUCCAAUGACCUCCGAGCAUGUUCAUCCGCCCUCUUUGUCAUGGCCGAGCGUACACCAGUCGUCAAGAAGUAUCGCGACGCCCUAGAAAACGUGAUUGGAGCAACCAUGGAAUUCCUC